CCCGCUAGUCGGUUACUGAUAGCAGAUCAUUUGAUCUGCAAACCUAGCCGGCAACUCACCCACCCUCCGCAUUCAACACGUACUCUACCCCAUUACCAAGGGAACAUAGCAUUUCAUGUCAGUAGAAACUAAUCGGCCGUCGUACGAAGUUACAGAAAGUCAUCCGGGUCAAGUUGAUGCUUGGAUCGAGCAGUUGAAGCGCUGUGAGCCUCUGUCAGAGGCAGAUGUGAAAGAACUUUGUGAUAAGGCUCAGGAAGUUUUACUUCAAGAGGGAAAUGUCCAACCCGUACACAGUCCUGUCACGGUCUGUGGUGAUAUCCACGGACAAUUUCACGACCUUAUGGAAUUGUUUAAAAUUGGAGGUGAUUUGCCCGACAUGAAUUACCUGUUUAUGGGUGACUACGUUGAUCGUGGCUAUUACAGUGUAGAGACAGUGAGUCUCUUGGUUGCUCUGAAGCUCCGUUAUCCUCGCCGUAUCACUAUUUUGCGUGGAAAUCACGAGUCCCGGCAGAUUACGCAGGUUUAUGGUUUCUAUGAUGAAUGUCUGCGCAAGUAUGGUUCAGCAAAUGUGUGGAAAUACUUCACAAACCUUUUUGACUAUCUUCCACUGACGGCUCUCAUUGAUGACCGUAUUUUCUGCCUUCACGGAGGUCUUUCCCCCAGCAUAGAUUCUCUUGAUCACAUUCGUACCCUGGAUCGUGUCCAAGAGGUGCCACACGAAGGUCCCAUGUGUGACCUGCUGUGGUCCGACCCUGAUGACCGUUGCGGUUGGGGCAUUUCUCCCCGUGGUGCUGGUUAUACGUUUGGCCAAGAUAUUUCUGAGGCUUUUAAUCACGCCAAUGGUCUCAGUCUUAUUGCCCGUGCACAUCAGCUCGUGAUGGAGGGCUACAACUGGACCCAUGAAAGUGAUGUCGUUACUGUUUUCUCCGCUCCUAACUAUUGUUACCGUUGUGGUAACCAAGCAGCUAUUCUCGAAGUUGAUGACGAUAUGAAUCACACCUUUUUACAAUUCGAUCCCGCUCCUAGAACCGGUGAGCCUAUCAUUACGAGGCGAACUCCGGAUUACUUCCUUUAAGAUGACUUAUGGAUUUUGCAGUUAUAAAAAGUACUAUUUUGUUAUGGGACAAGGAUACGGAUCUGUACCCGUAUAAGUAAUUUGUAACAAGCCCACAGAUACCAGCUCAAACAUAAAGGACACACACACACACACACACACACCAAUCCCUUACACUUCUCUCUACCCGAUCCUUAUUACUACUUCUUACUCAACAUCAAUCUUCCGUACUCUCUCAUCUAUACUCAACCAGCUUACUCGAUUCCGCGUACACACUAAAACCGUGUUCAUGAGCGUUAAGAGGCCCGAUAAUAUGAAAGACGUGCGAGUUAUAUACACCCAAGGAGUGCGAGCAUAGAUCUUUGAGACAGUGCAAUAAAUGUACAGACAUGAGACAAGUGAAGUCAUUAAGAGAGAUGUUUCCGCUUUCUUCUAAUGGCAAAAUGGGAGCUGUUGAAAGCAAGCUGCGGCGAUUUCUGGUCGGAGAGAGUUGCAAGAAAAAAUGAAUGGAUGUUUCAAUUAUAGAGAAUCCAUCAACAGAGCGAAAGCCAAAAGGGGCACCACCGAUUCUUCCAAAAGAUGUUGUAAAUGGCUGCUGUCCCGCACCAGUUAAACAGCAAAUAAACGAAAACUACUCAGUUUUUGUAUUGCGACGGCAAAAGUUUUCAACGAAGUGUUUCGAUGCGAGAUAACACGAAUUGAACGACUCCUUACCCAAUAAUUAUUGUUCCAUCUUCAUUUAGUUGGUAAGGAGGAAUCUCCAAGUUUGUCGGUGCUGGUCCCUGGCGAACACGGCCGGAAAUAUCGUAAUGAGAACCAUGGCAAGGACAGAACCAUCCGCCAUAGUCACCGGCGUUUCCAAUAGGCACACAACCAAGAUGCGUACAAACUCCAAUCAUCACAAGCCAUUCUGGCUUUUGUACACGAGCAGAAUCUGGCUGAGGAUCCCGAAGAGUUGAGAUGUCGACUGAGUUUGCUUCUUCAAUUUCAGCAGCUGUUCGGUGACGAAUAAAGACUGGUUUUCCGUGCCAUUUAAUAAUGAGGUUUUUACCCUCGGGAAUUUUCUUCAAGUCUACUUCUACUUUGGACAUAGCAAGCACAUCUGCGGAAGCUGACCAACUGGAUAGAAAGUCAUGAACUGUUGCUUGAGCUCCGGCAGCCGUCAGGGCGCCUAGGGCCCCAACCAUUACAUAGGAAAACACGCGAGGAGCAUCUGAUCUGGAUUUUGUGCGGUACUUCGAAAAGUCUGGGAUUUCGUCGCCCGAAUUUGAGUAUGGACGCACGAUGUUAUGAUUUACCAUCAACGGAGGGCGAACAGAGCGCGGGAAAAAACGCAAUUCCUUAGAGAUAUGGCGGUGGAAGGCCUCUCCUGUUUUCAGCAGGCGCAAGGGCAUGUUUCGUACUGUUUGUUGCUUGUAAAUAAGCAAAAGAAGUGUAUGGCAAAUGGCACGGAUUAGCUGUUUUAUGAUUGCAUACGGGGAAGUG